AGAGAGAGAGAGAGAGAGAGAGAGAGAGAGAGAGAGAGAGAGAGAGAGAGAGAGUUAAGUGGUUGACAUGGACCGGAUCAAAACCCAAUCCCCCGAGCUUUGCUUAAUGACCUCCAUGGUGUACUUGACGACAUGAAGUUGCAAAGAUUGGUGAAGAUGAUGAAGCCGCUCGACGGUUUCAGGGAAUUGGUCGCUCGACGGUUUGAUGGUGUUUUUGUUGGUUGAGGACUCCAUCGAGGACGGCGGGAUCGGUGAAGAUGAUGAAGCCUCGGAUCCUCAAUUCUUGAUCGCGCCUUCAUCUCCGAUUGCGCCUCCGUCUUCGAUCGCGCCCCCAUCUCUGACCGCACCUACUUCCCAGCCUUGGGCAACUCCUCGUUGCAGCUCAGCUCCGCCGAAAGUCUUUCUCUGCUCAAAACUAGAUGUGUCAAAGCGAAUUUGGGAACGAAGGUGAGUGGGUGGAAGUCUUGGUGACCAUUUUAUAAUUUCAAAAUCUUAGGCGAGUGUUUUACAAUUAGAUGGGUAGAAAUUGAUUUUUUGAUGAGAACUCGAAGAAGAAACCACAACUCCCUUAGAAUCAGACCCAAUAAUAGAGGCCCAAAAGCCCUUAUACCCUUUUUGCAACGCCCACAAAACCCCUUCGAACUCUCAACAACAAACAACCCAAAAAUGACCAGAUGGUGGCGCUCAGCCGGCGGAGGCCUCCGGUCUCUUCUCUCAACCCCACUUUCCUGCCCAAACCCAUCUCUCCAAUCCCAAACCUCUCUCUACCACACCAUCCAAGCCAUCCCUAGAGAGUUCACCGGAAACCGAAUCUCCGCCAAAGACAGAGCCCAGGGCCGCAUCCCCGCCGUCGUCUUCGCCCAGCCGCUGCCGGAACACAGCCCCAAACCCACCGGCCGAUUCAUCGCCAGAAAACACCUCCUCACCACUGAACGGAAGCAGAUUCAGGCCAUUCUCAACUCCGUUGAGCUCCCCUACUUCUGCUCCACCACAUUUCCCCUCCAGAUCCGGGCCGGGUCCGGGUCUUCGGUUCUUCUUGAAUCCGGGAAAGUCCUGCCCAUUAAGAUUCAUAGGGACGAUGAGAGUGGGAAGAUACUGAACUUGGUGUUUGUUUGGGCCGAUGAGGGUUCGGAGUUGAAGGUGGAUGUUCCUGUCACUUUCAAAGGUGAAGAUGUCUGCCCUGGUCUUAAAAAAGGCGGUCACCUAAACAAAAUUAGAACAAGUCUAAAGUACCUUUGCCCUGCUGAACACAUUCCUCCCAAAAUUGAGGUGGAUAUCAGCAAUCUAGAUAUAGGAGAUAGGGUGUGCCUUCCGGAUGUUAAGGUUCAUCCAUCCCUGAAGCUCUUAAGCAAGAACGACGUCAUGCCUUUAUGUAAGAUAGUUGCAACGAAGUUGGAAACCCCAGAACCAGCAGGAGUUUAGGCACUGAUUCUUGAAAGCUUUGUAACCAUAUAAUUUGGUAGCAAGAAUCACGAGAAGUUCAAGAAUAAGCCUACUAGGCUACUGAUUGAGGUGGUGCUAUGGAAUUCUCAAGUAGGAAAGAGUUUCAUAUUGUUGUUUAGAUCUUAAAUUGUUAAUCGGACACAAGUUGGGUCCUUUUGUAGCCUUUGAAUAGAAUAUCAUUGUCUUGUUAUAUCAUCUGCUCUCUCUGCUUGUCUUCA